UUCAGUUUGCCAUUUCAACAAGAUGAAAUUUCUGCUGCAUCACAGGGAAAAAAUCUAUCUUUUCAUUUUGUGGGGUUACAGAGUAAUCAUACAAUUUCAGGUUUAAUCAACAUAAAUUAAUCUACUGGAUCAGGUUUCUUAGUUGGGUUCAGGAUCUCGAAGAAUGCUGGAGGAAUGACACCCAGAAACGGUCCAGAUUUUGGUGGAACGUAUAAAGAUCUUCACUCACCGGCUGUUUUAGUUGGGGGGUGGUUCACAGUCAUAGCUUUGACCCUCUCCGUUUAUCUCAUUCUACAGCAUCUCAGAUCAUACACAAAUCCUGCUGAGCAGAAAUGGAUUGUUGGGGUUUUGCUCAUGGUUCCUGUGUAUGCUUGUCAGUCAAUUAUAUCAUUGUGGAACGCGAGGUUUUCUCUUGCAUGUGACAUUCUGAAAAAUUUUUAUGAAGCCUUUGCCCUGUACUCUUUUGGGAGCUAUUUGGUUGCUUGUCUUGGUGGAGAAAGAAGAGUUGAGGAACUUCUUGAAAAUGAACCAAGAAACCAAGUCAACGAGCCUUUGUUAGAAGGAUCAGAUAAAGACCAACAACUAAAGCGAAAAUCAUUGAGUAACUUUUUCUUACGCCCAUGGCUUCUUGGCAAAGACUUGCUCACAAUAGAAAAUUUUGGUCUUGUUCAAUACAUGAUUCUGAAGACAUUAUGUGCUUUCUUAGCAUUCGUGUUAGAGCUGUGUGGGGCAUAUGGGGAUGGAGAAUUUAAGUGGUACUAUGGACUUCGGCCUAUCAAGCCACUGGCAAAAUUCAUCAGCUUCAAGGCUAUUGUCUUUGCUACAUGGUGGCAGGGAGUCGGUAUUGCUCUGCUAUGUGCAUUUGGUGUACUACCAAAGCAAGAGAAACUACAGACCGGAUUGCAGGAUUUCUUAAUUUGUAUUGAAAUGGCCGUUGCAGCUGUUGCUCACAUGUUUGUCUUCUCUGGCGACCCUUUUCAUUAUACCUCAGCUUCUGAGCAUGGGAAGAUCACUACUGAAACAACCAAAGCAGCAAUAAAGGUUGAGGAGGGUGAUGAGGAGAAACCGGCUCUGCUUGAGAAAACAGAAACUCAGGUGGAGGCUCCUGGAACCAGCAUCACCGAGAGUGUUCAAGACAUAGUGCUAGAAGGUGGUCAACAUGUGAUUGAGGAUGUUAAGUUGACAAUAAACCAAGCAAUUGGACCCGUGGAGAAGGGCGAGACAAAAAUCCAAGAAAAAAUCCACCACAGAAUGGAUUCCGACAAAAAUAAAAAGGAGUCAGAGUUGGAAGUUGAACAGCAAGUUGCAUCAAGUGGAGAUCAAGCUGAACUCCGAUUAGACAUUGGUGCUUAAGAUUGUUUAUGGAAAAGAACUUUGGAGCAGUCCAAUCCUUAGUUUAUCAUGUUUCACAUUUCAUGGGUGUUUUUUUCCUGUGUUCAUGCAUGGGUUACAGCCAAUUGUUUGCCCCCUUGCCAAGCAAAUAUUCCAGAUGCUACUCAUAAUAUUUUCAGGAUAAAUUAUGGCACAUCUC